UCCUCAUUCCCCGUCCUCCCACCUGAACAAACUCCCCCAUCUCCAUCAAGAGCACUGCACACAGCAUGGCUUCUCCUGUCCUCCAGAACUAUGCGUCUCCUGCACAUGCCCUGUAGCUUCACCAUGAAGACAUGUUGCUAGGCUGCUUGUGACUUCCUGAGACAAUAUCAUAUUUUCCAGAAACAUUGCACCAAUUUCCAGGUGAAAUGGCAAGAACGAAAAGGUUGAAUGUAGUAAAAAUCAGUGCCAAAUACAAGAGUGGAGAUGGCAAUAUCAGUGAACAUAACCCAUUGCAUGAGUCACAAGCACUAGAAGAUGAUGAGAUCGAACUAGAGCAGCAAGAUGAUGACUCCUUGAAUAUGUCAGGUGAGAGUGCCAAAGAAGACAAACGUGGAAGGACAACUUUAACACAUAUUUGGAACCUUCCAGAAGGCAAUCACAUAGUAGUGAAGUGCAACAAGCUUGGACAGCCCAUUGGAGCAGAAGGUGGACUGUUAGGAAAAUUUUUAGGCACAGUGGCAAGAAAUGGGUCUUACUGUCCAUUUGACUUGAAGGAUUGGAGAUUGGUCAAAAAGAAUGGUGGAGCUGAAACAAUACUUCAACUUGUGGAGACAAAGUUCUUGUACCCUCAAUCGUGCAAGCAAUGGAUAUUGAAGUCAACAGGGAGAGAUUGGAGGCGAUUCAAGGCAUCACUAAAGACAGCUUAUUUUCAGCCUAAAAAGAAAAGAUCUGCUUUGUAUAAGUUGUGUCCAGAAGAUAUCGAUUAUGAUCAAUGGGUUGAACUUGUCAAAUUUUGGAAGUCAAAAAAGGGAAAGGCCCUUUGUGAGAAAAAUAAAAGCAGUCGUGCCAUGAUGAAGACAACACAUACCGCAGGGACAAAGAGCUACGCUCGUUGGGCUAAGGACAUGAGACAAGAUGAUCCUCAAAAGAAGCAGCCGCAUAGAGCCAUGGUUUACUUAGCAACCCACAAGAAAAGGGCCGAAGAUAGAAAUGAACACCUGGCUGAGUUGGAAAGCCUCAUGGAUGAACAACCUGAGCUGGAUGAAGAUGAUCAAGGAAGAGUUGCAUGGAAAGGUGAUGCCUUACAUCAAGUUUUAGGUGAAGAGAAACCUGGACAAGUGCAUGGUAUGGGACUACUUCCAGUUCCCAACCAUGUUUAUGGCCAAACAUCACACCAUCUCAGGAACAUUAAUAUCACUACCGUAGAGGGUACACCACAUGAAGUAGCGAUACAUAUUAUUGAUGAUGUGGAGAAGUUAAAGGAGCAUGCACAGAAGCAAGAUCAGCUUAUUCAACAACUGCUUAAAGAAAAGACUGAUAGGAAAAACAAACAGGAAAAGGUGUCCUUGAAAAAAAAAAAGCUAAGAAAGGUCAAUCGACUAAAAGGAUAUCAUAGCAACUCUCAGCUACAAGCAGUACAUUCUAAAAGAAAGAGAGUCCAAUGCGACGCAGCUGAUCGAGAAGACCUCCUGAGUCAGCAAAGAUAUCCAUUCAAGGACAUAUAUGAGGACGAUGACUUGUCAUUCUCUACUGAAAAGGAAGAACCCCAUUAUCAAGAAGCACCACCAUCACCAUGGUCCGCUCAUUCCUUUCGACAAGAAGAGAUGGCUAAAGAAGGGCAGAAAAUGUUCGUAAAGAGCACGGACAAUGCACAUGAUCAAGUGAUUCAAAGCCGUGUGCGUUCAAAGAAGACGCGCCCUUCACCAAUGGAGGUGGUGUUGAGAUAGGCAACCAUUUUUGGAAAGUACGAAUCAACCAUCCUAUUCGUAAAAAUGAGGAGCUUGUAAGACCAUUGGAUCAUUGCAAGACAAUUAAUGAUGCCCAUGCCAAAGGAGUGGUGAUUGCGUGGCCUUCAAUAUGUGUUUGGAAGAUUAAUGGUUGAUUUCGCUUCCAUCUCACCCUAUGGAUUGAUAAACCGGCAAAGACUUUCAAGAAGAAGAAGAAGAAGACGAAUAGAUUAUCAUUUUGUUAUAUUUUAGUAUGAAAGACUGUUAUUCUGAAGACUUGCUUUUCUCAAAUGGAUUAUCAUUUAUGUUUUGUAAUGAUGGGAAGGAUGUUUUAACUAUUUUGUUAUGCAAUGCAAUCUUUAUUUUC